AUGGUCCUCGCCUUGGACUUGCAAGCUUUCAUAGUACGGGCGCGAGUGCUGAAACUGUACAGGGAGGCUCUGAGAGCUGCUCGCAUGGCUCCUCCUCAUGCCAGAGGUGAAGAGAAAAUUUCUAAAUUCGCCCCCGUUUGUCUCGCCCGAGGAACGGACAGACCUCGGCUGCUGAACCGUGGGGACAUGUUUUCAGCUGAACUGAGGAACAGCAUCAGGGAGGAGAUGGAGAGGAAUCGGCACGCCGAUGGUGCGCAGAAGAUUCGUUUCUUGAUCAGCGAAGGGAACCAGAGGUUGAAAGGCCUGAAGGAGAUGCUGGAGAUGCAGCAGCGCCACGCCUAG